GUAAUAGGCUUCAAGACUGACAUCCGAUUCAUUUUCGACUACAAGGAAUCAGAGUUUGGCAUUGGUGGUGCUGAAGUCUACCUUCCCAAUGCUGAUAUUACCAAGCUUACAGACAAUAAGGCAAAGUUGUUGAGAGAAGGAAAGAGUAUUACCAAUCCCUUGAACAACGUUAGUUCUGGCCUUUCGUGGAUUGUUCAAAUCUCGGGCUUAAGGGCUUAUUUUUCAACAGUGGACUAUGUUAGUCACGAUUUGCAUGUUGGCAUCUUACAAAACCAAAUUUUGUUCCCAAGUUGCAUCGGGAAGUUAAAUAACGCCACCAAAUCAUUGGCAUUCUUCAAAACACUCUUCCAAUUUGGAAAUGGUAUUGAGGACUCUGCCCAUAUUAUUCAAUCAAUUAUUUCCCAGACAAAUAAAUGGAACAAUGCAACCAGCGACAGAUUUAGUGAUCCAGAGCUGGCAUCUCUGCCUCGCACCAUGAAACAGCCUUUGUCUCAAACGUGGUAA